CGGCCAAGCCCCGAAAGGUGCGGAUGCUUAUUAUAGACCGACGCGACACCGGUGCCGAGUGCCAGGUUCUCCGUUGAGGCUUUUCGGAGCGAGCCCCUUGAAUCGCAUCCACACUCUGGGAACCGAGGGAAGGAGGACCCCGAGAAAGCUGAGACUAUCCUCUGCUGGGGCCAUGGACUCGGACGCCAGCUUGGUGUCCAGCCGCCCGUCGUCACCAGAACCCGAUGACCUUUUUCUGCCGGCCCGGAGCAAGGGCAGCAGCGGCAGCGGCUUCACGGGGGGCACCGUGUCCUCGUCCACGCCGAGCGACUGCCCGCCGGAGCUGAGCGCUGAGCUGCGCAGCGCCAUGGGCUCAGCGGGCGCUCACCCUGGGGACAAGCUGGGAAGCAGUGGCUUCAAGUCAUCCUCGUCCAGCACCUCGUCGUCCACGUCGUCGGCGGCCGCGUCGUCCACCAAGAAGGACAAGAAGCAGAUGACCGAGCCGGAGCUGCAGCAGCUGCGCCUCAAGAUCAACAGCCGCGAGCGCAAGCGCAUGCACGACCUCAACAUCGCCAUGGACGGCCUGCGCGAGGUCAUGCCCUACGCACACGGCCCGUCGGUGCGCAAGCUCUCCAAGAUCGCCACGCUGCUGCUGGCGCGCAACUACAUCCUCAUGCUCACCAACUCGCUGGAGGAGAUGAAGCGACUGGUGAGCGAGAUCUACGGCGGCCACCACGCUGGCUUCCACCCGUCGGCCUGCGGUGGCCUGGCGCACUCGGCGCCCCUGCCCGCCGCCACCGCGCACCCCGCGGCCGCCGCCCACCACCCGGCCGUGCACCACCCCAUCCUGCCGCCAGCCGCCGCCGCCGCCGCCGCUGCCGCCGCAGCCGCCGCGGUGUCCAGCGCCUCUCUCCCAGGCUCCGGGCUGUCGUCAGUGGGCUCCAUCCGGCCUCCGCACGGCCUGCUCAAGUCUCCAUCUGCAGCCGCGGCUGCCCCGCUGGGGGGCGGAGGAGGCGGCAGCGGGGGUAGUGGGGGCUUCCAGCACUGGGGCGGUAUGCCCUGUCCCUGCAGCAUGUGCCAGGUGCCACCGCCACACCACCACGUGUCGGCCAUGGGCGCGGGCAGCCUGCCGCGCCUCACCUCCGACGCCAAGUGAGCCUACCGGCGCCGGCGCGUUCUGGCGAGCGGGGAGCCCCGAGGCCGCGGGGAAGCGAGACUGGCCGGCGCUUGGCUCGGGAGCUCUGUUGUGAGGAGGGGCUGGGGACCAAGGACUGGGGGUGGGGGAUGGUGGGGAUUCCAGCCCCCGGGAACUGAAGCAACGGGGCGCGCACAGAGCAGUGGGGAGUGACAGGGACGUUCACUCCCGGACCUCUUUGAGCCCUCGCUGGCUCUAAACUGAUGGUCCGGUAGACACUAUUUUGUGAAAAGGUACCUCUGUGUGCAUCCCUCACUCGAACUUACUCCCACCUCCACUCCCCCUGGGAAAAGAUGCUAAAAACUCUGGUUUCCCCAAGAGUACCUGCUUGACUUCCAGACUCCUCCGGGCAGCACUUGGCAGGUGGGAGGCUGGGGGAGAGACACAAUGAGGACUUCCUCUCCUUCCUCCUUUCUUGGCGGGGAGGAGACUCUGGGGAGCGGAACUGCAGAAGCGAACCCCCCCCCCCUCCCGGCCUCGCCUUCGAGGGUCGUCCCUGGCCCGAGGCCAGGGGCGACGGGUCGGUUGGAAGUUGGAGUUCGGUACCAGAAGCACUUACGGUCGUGUCGAAUCUCGGUAUCUGGGUCAACCCGCACCCUCUAAGAAGUGUAGCCGUUCCUUACUGUCUCUCCUGUUGAUUGGGGUAUGUGGUUUUCUAAUAAAUCUGCGGAUUUUCCUUUUUCCACAGUAUGAGCAAGCUUUAUAGACGCUCAGAGUGGAACCACUUGUGGAUUGGAAUAACUCAAAGCUGCCGAUUUGGGGGGGCGGGUGUUUUUUAGCUAUUUUAAAAUACAAACUACCCCCUCCAUUCUUUCCGUCUCUGAGCACGAAGUGAUUUGGUUUCUUACUCGACUGGGAGCAUUUGGGCGCCUGAGGACUUGCCAGAAUUAAAAGGCAGUUGCCGUGAACAUAGCUUUGGGUUAUUUGGGGCUUUUAUUGGCUUUUUAAAAAUUUCUUUCUUGGGUGUGUAAAUAUAAUAUCAACGAUGAGGUAAGUGCGCGGUGCUAAGCCGUUUGCUCGCGUGACUGCCAGUCCCACCCGAGUCUAAGCCUGCUUUCCUCUCUCUAUUUGGGUUUCUUUUUGCCACGUUUAACACAAACGGUAAACUCCACGUGCUUCCUGCGUCCGUGCGAACCGCCUCGGCGCUGCCUGCGUUGCGACACUGGCUUCGUAGCGUCCCCGCCUAACAUCCUUCCUCUGAUCGCGCUGCCCCUCGCAGAGAGUGUAUCAUCUGUUUUAUUUUUGUAAAAACAAAGUGCUAAAUAAUAUUUAUUACUUGUUUGGUUGCAAAAACGAAAUAAAUGAUCGAGUGUUGAGAUUUUAAAUAAAAUAUAAAGUAA